ACUGGCUGGCCUUUUUGCUGGACUCAUCGUAGGAUUCUGGGUGGGCUUUGGCGCAGUCAUCUAUGUUGGCACACCUACGAUUCCUCCACUGCUCAAUGAUAGCUGUGGUGGUUCCAGCAACUCAACCGGGAUACUUGCCAAUGCUUCCAUGCUGAGCAACGGGACCGGAGCAGACAUGACCACUGGCAGUACGGUGUUGGACAACAUUACAGCGGGGGCUGUUCCCACGUAUGUGCUACCGCUGUACUGGCUGUCGUAUCAGUGGUACAGUGGCUUUGGCUGGCUAGUGGUUAUGGCGGUGGGACUCUUGGUGAGCCUGCUGACCGGAGGCACAGACGCCGUAGACCGCGACCACCUGAGCCCGGUCUACCUGCGGAUGAUAGGUGCCACCAAUGGCAAAAGCCGCUCUUGGACUUUAAGUCGAGUGCAAAAUUUUUCGGUCACCAGCUCUCAGAUACCCAUGGCAGUGGUCAAAGAAUAGUUACUGUUCCUGCAUCGCAGCACUCCAUGCACAGGGCUAAACACCUCAAUCUAAUCCCGGUGAGCUAUCGCCCUACAAGUUACGCGGAAUGGACGUGUCCACACUCCACAAAGCCACCCGAUCACCGAAAACACAUUCUCGACUCGCUGCUUGCCUUUGUGUGCACAGCGAACCUUCUUCUGUUCAUAUAAUUAUCUUUCCUUCCUUAACCUUUCUCUCUAUCCUUUUUGGUCCUAUCUUCCCUCCCUAAGCCACCGUUCCAGAUGAAUACACUUCAAGCGGCACGGCGGUUAUUUCAUUUUCUGCUAAUAAAAAACGUUUCAGUCAAUCAAUCAGGCUGGCUCGUGGAAGGGAUGUUCCUCCUAUGCUUUUAAUUACCUCUUUUUGCAGCUCGCACAUGCACGUUCAGCACUCAGCGCAUGCUCUCGCUGACACAUAUGCCAGCGAACGUGCCAGUGGUGCUAUAUUUCGUUUCAGCUUCGGUCCAGACGCAGCCAAAGCUACAAGCGCGAGCUCCGGG